AUGGAUGUUUACUAUAGCAAACUGAUGGGCAAUGGUACUGUUACCAGCAAGUUCCGUUUGAGCCCUUUAGGGACACUGGGGUCUGGUUCUACAGCCCCUUCAAUUCAACUGAAUCAGUCUAAUUUAAGAAAUGAACCAAAAGGAGGCCCACCAGCAAAGGAAGGUCAAAAUUCCGAGAAUCCGACGGAGUCAUCAGAUGGUGUUAGCCACGAGGCUCCGAUCAAUGGAGUUUCUGCGUUGAUUAAUGCCGCUGAGUCAACUGAGAGUAGCCGUGAAAAUCGAUCUGAAAUAGUGAGUAAUAAUCUGCUAGGACUCAAAAGAGAAGCAGAAAGUUCGGAAACGUACCAUCCAAGUAACUGUAAUAGAUGUUACAGAUUGAAAAAGAAAUGUUCCCGAGAGUAUCCCAAAUGUACAAAUUGUACUAAAUCGGGCUCUGAUUGUGAAUAUGUGAACAGGAUGACUAAGCGAAAACGGAAAUCACCCAUAACUUAUACAUUCAAAGAGAGUCCUGCUCAUCCUCAGAAUGGAGAAGUUUUCUAUAUGUCAAGCGGACCUUCCGCACAAAAUCAACCUGUUCAUAACGGCUUACGUCAAGUAUCUGUAUCGUCUUUGUUGGUUCCGGAAGUACAAGCCAUAAGAGAGGUUUCUUCUACUACGCAUGUGCCAAGGAAAUUACCACCACUUGUGCCCAGGAAGGAUAUUAAUCCAGUCAGAAAUUCGUUAGUUGCAAGUGUCAACCACAGGGCCAUUCUGGUCAGAUCUUCAACUAAUCUUAAAGAAGAAUUUAUUACUAUGAAGGCAAUCGCCCAUUUGGAGUUACCAUUAACAUUUGCUUUAAACUAUUUUGAGAAUUUUAGCCAUAAGUAUCCAUUUAUUAAUAAAAGAGAGUUUUUGGAUAAUUUCACGAAGAUUCAAUUUGAAAAGGAAUCAAUUGUUAAUUUGGAUGUUUAUUUAUUAAUGAGUAUCGGUUGUUUAUUAUAUGAUUCAAAGUGUAAGACUAAUCAUUAUCAAGAAUAUUUCAAAGAAAAAAGUAUAGAGGCAGUGGUUGAUGUUCUUGAUUUGGGAUUUAAUGAGUAUGAUAUUGAAAAUAUGAGAUUAUUGGUAUUGUUGACCGUAUAUGGUAUCACUUCAAUGAAUGGAGAUUUAUGUUGGAAUCUAAUUGGAAUGUUAAAUAGAGCAAUUGUUAAAUGGGAUCUUUAUAAUAAUUUGGAUGAUAUAGUUAAAGAAAGACUUGUAUGGAGUAUACAUAAUUUGGACAAGGAACUUAGCUUAUUAUUGAAAAAGCCAUCCCAGUUUCCAAACUACGAGUAUCUUAAAUGUACUUAUCCAUUAACGAAGAAGUUAUAUGAAGACGAGAAUUUAGAAUUCAUUAAUGAGAAUAUAGGUUUGGGUAUGCUUGAGACGUCCUUGACUCAUUUAAGAUUAGUAUCUAAGCCAGCUGAUAGUCUCACCCAAUUGUCUUCUGAUUUCGAGAAAUGGCGUGUUAAUUCAAGUAAGAUCAUACAUAAAGCAUACGCUCAAUCACCAUACUUACAAGAUUAUAUAUCCUGGAUCAACCUACAUUAUUAUUACUUAUUAAUUGAAUUAGAUCAAGUUUCACAUAGUCAAUCAUUUCAAUUCACCUUGCAAUUCUUAUCAAGUUGUUUUACAUUACUUAUUUCAAGCUCAGAUAAUGCACCUACUAAUCCAUCUGAAAGAAAAGCCAAUAUUAAGAUUGCGUUAUCGGCAUCCUUGUUCUGGUUUAACAAGUUAUUUAACGUUAUCAUAUACAAUAUUGAAUCUUUGAAAGGGAUUCUUGAAUCAAAAAAUUCUACGGCUACAGAAGAUACCUUAAAACUCAGUGAGUUUAAUAGUAACUUACAAUUAAUUUUAAAUCUAUUAAAGUAUAUUAGAGGUAGCAAGCAAACAGAGGGAAGCAGCACGUUGACGUAUUUCCAGAAAAUGGCUAAAUUGAUUGACGGCACGGUUGAUAAACUUAGUGGAUUGAGUUUGCAUGUGAUGAAGUUUAAUAAUUUUAGUUCUACUGAGGAUGAGAAACAAGAAGUAUUGAAAUCUAUAGAUGAUAUUCUGUCCUACUUGACGAAUUCCUUUUAG